AUGUCGAUGACAGAUCUGUUGAAAGCGGAGGAGAUCAAGAAAGCUCUUGAUGCCUUUGCAGCAGAGACAUUCGACCCUAAAAAGUUCUUUGAAAUGGUGGGAAUGAAGGCCAUGUCAGCCGAAAACGUCAAGAAGGUCUUCCAGGUUCUGGACGUGGAUGGUAGUGGAUUCAUAGAGGAGGGCGAGCUCAAGUUCGUACUGAAGGGCUUCUCCAAGGAAGGCAGAGAUCUGACCGACGCAGAGACAACAGCAUUCCUCAAAGCUGCAGACAAAGAUGGAGACGGAAAGAUCGGCAUUGACGAAUUUGAGGGCUUGGUGCACGAAUAG